AGGCGCCCAGGGGUAGAAAGAGGAAGACGUGGGGGAAGCAAGUUUGCGCUAGGUGCUAACGCAUCCGGUUCGUCUCCCGUCUUUUUUGGCCACAGGCGUCUGUUGGACCCACGGCAGGGCGUGAUGGUGGUGGGUACGGGCACCUCGCUAGCGCUGUCCUCCCUCCUGUCCCUGCUGCUCUUCGCUGGGAUGCAGAUGUACAGCCGCCAGCUGGCCUCCACCGAGUGGCUCACCAUCCAGGGGGGCCUGCUGGGCUCCGGCCUCUUUGUCUUCUCUCUCACUGCCUUCAAUAAUCUGGAGAAUCUUGUCUUUGGCAAAGGAUUCCAAGCAAAGAUCUUCCCUGAGAUUCUCCUCUGCCUCCUGUUAGCUCUCUUUGCAUCUGGCCUCAUCCACCGAGUCUGUGUCACCACUUGCUUCAUCUUCUCCAUGGUCGGUCUGUACUACAUCAACAAGAUCUCCUCCACUCUGUAUCAGGCAACAGCUCCAGUCCUCACACCAGCCAAGGUCACUGGCAAGGGCAAAAAGAGAAACUGACCUUUUGAAUAUUCAAUAAAAUUGAUUGUUUGUAGCCCUGUGAGCUAUGG